AUGCGCAUUCAGGGUAUAUGGAUCGUCCUCCUCGUCCUGGCGGCGUUAUGCCUCCUUGGCGGGGACGGCUAUGAGGGGGUCGGUCGUACGCGACUGAGAUUUGCGCGAUCGGAUGUCAAUGAUCAAGCGAUACCUGGAGUUCUCCCUCUCAACACCGACAACUCCACUCCCGAGGUCCAGAAGUCCUCCAAGGAGGGCCUGGAAAUAAAGAAAAAACCAACGACAGUUACCGAUUUUAAACCUAAGGAUGACACUAAACAUCAGAAGCCUAAAGACGUCAAGAAUGAGGACAAACCGAUGAAGAGUUUCACUUCCAAGACGACCGAUGAACCGUCUAUUUUCCUCCCAACCGUAAGGCCUCCGAGUAAUGAAACAAAUUCAAAUAUUGAGAGUAUUUCACCGUUUCUGCUCCGGGGGGAGCCCAUCGUGAUGACUGAGGAUUCCAGUGCUUCGAGGGCCCGAGCGCUGAACAUCACAGCUCCGGAGCCCACGAACUCACUGCAUGCUAAUCUGACUGAUUUGUCUGACGUCAGCAUGGAUGACGAGGAUAAAGAAAUCGAAGGAGGUGAAUUCGUAGCAAGUCAGAAUGCAACUCAGCAGACAGGCCACCCGACGUUUCCCUCCCCAGCGAUUACUUGCCGAGAUGGCAACAAGAUGUACGGAGUUGGUGAGAAAAUAUCGAGAGGAUGCGAGGAAAUGUGUGUUUGUGGUGGAGGUGGAGUUGUGAGAGAUUGCAAGCCACGCUGCGUGAGCCCAUCCUUCAGGGCAGGUCGAGGAACUCAUGAUCCAUUGUGCGAGGAGCAUCAUGUGGAUGCAGACGGAUGCUGUGCCACCUUGAUCUGCGCUGAUUCAGCGCCAGAACCCGAGGAGAGCUGUGUCUUUGGGAAUAAGACCGUGGCGAGGGGUCAGAGAGUUGAGGAUGGAUGCUCGCAGGUCUGUGUUUGCGAGGCCGGGGGCGUUCUUAAGUGUCAACCUAGGUGCCCUCCCAAUGACACCAGCUCGGGGAUUAAACAACAUGAUCGGUGUGUUGCACUCCCAGAUCCAAGAGAUUCUUGCUGCACUAUCACUCUGUGCGAUGUGAGCUUGGGUGAGCACGAGAUCAAAUCAGAGAAUGCCGCUGAUCUCACGGUUAAUCUCGCUGACGUGAAAGUACUAAAUUCGACAGCAAUUAAACUCAAGUUGUCUUCUGAAUUAUCGAAUGGUGCUGCUGUGGAAAUUUCUGAGAACAGUCAUGUCUGGAGGCAACAAAAACCUGAUAAAGAUGGAGUUAUAUCAAAACUUGAGCCAGCCCACAGCUACUACGUCCGAAUCGCAGAAGGAGUGAGAACAGGACCCGCAGUCCGCGUGAUCCUCCCUGCGGAGGUGAUAAAGGCCAACAUAACAGAGAAGAUGGACAAAAACUCGUGCUUCCAUCGUGGAAAAUCCUACAAAAUCGGGGCCGAGUGGUACGACGAGUGCAUAUCCUUCUGCAUGUGCAGCGAGGGUCCAAAAACCGAAUGCGUAACCAUUGAGUGCCCCACCGACUUCGGUUUGGACGUUCUGGACCCCCACUGUCUCGAUUGGGAGACAGUGCCUCCGGAUUUCGUCCCCAAGGAGCCACAGUGCUGUCCUCAGCAAGUUCGAUGCAGAAACAAUGGCUCUUGCGACUACGAAGGCAGAACAUACGACAAUUGGAGUGAAAUACCGAGCAAUAUCACUGGAUGUGAGAAGAGGUGCUACUGCGAAAUGGGAAAAGUUGCCUGUCAGGCUGCAUGUCCACCAGUCACAGCUCUACCACCUCCGACAUUGCAAUGUCCAUCCAAUCAGGCGACCCUGACGAAGUUGCCGGGUGACGAGUGCUGCUCUCACUGGGUCUGCGACGCUGCCACUCCAGGGAUGGACCCGUCCGCGCAGCCCCCCCGCCGUCCUGACGCCCCGAAGGCCCCGGCUGCCCCCUCCCCAGUGUCAAACCCCCCCAUUCCCGAUAGCGAGAAAACCACCACAAGCAUAUCCCCCACGAUAACCCAGAGUCACACCCCCCCGAAUUCCGUAUCUCCCCCGAUGAUCCCGUACUACAACGGUCCCUACGACCCCAGCUACAAGCCCACCGAAUCGAGUAUCGAGGAGAUAUUCGGGCUGUCGACCCGAGCCCCUGAGAAAUCGGUGCCCCACGGAAAGGACAAGUCGAAGUCGAAAUCCGACGCGAAGAAGCCGGUGGAGCCGAUGAAGCCCCACAAGGAGGCGGUGGAGCUGCUGACGAGUCACAAUUUCCCAGGGCCACUGGCUCCGAGCAAGUUCCCAGGGCCGACAAGAGAGCCCUCGAGCCUCGACGCCCCGCCGAAGAACCCGAACAAGCUCUCGGAGCCGGAGAACAGCCCAGAGCCCCAGUUCGUCCCCCUGAGUCACAACGAUCGACCUGACUACGCCUUCUCCCCCAGCAACGGGGAGAACAUUCCUCCCACUCGAUUCGACCCCAAUCAGUUCGACAAUGCGGACGUGGGGCCACCCUACAUCGCCACCAGCGGGGGGAAGAAGAAGAAGCCGAACACUGAUGGCUUCCCCGACGACUCCAAGACGAAACCCGCAGGACAAUUCCCAGGGAAGGUCAAGCCAGGACAGCGAAAGCCAGAGCAGGAGAUUCUCCCCGACGAUCUGCUGCACUUAAUCAAUCUCCAUCAUCCCGGACUCACUCAGCUCGAUCAUCCAUCCCCCCAGGGACACCCGGGACUCUACGAGUUCCAUCAGCAGAUUUCGAAUCACGGCGAGUCCAGUCAAGGCGCCAAUCAGAUACAGCCCAAUUACUUCGGCGUUCAGGAGGCCGUCAAGAAGAGACCGCAGAUUGUUGCGCAUAAGAAUGAGAAUGGAGAGACCACUUAUCAUAUUCACACGUCGGAGGUGCCCAAUUCACCGCAUCAGAUCGAGGAACUGCUGGCUCACAUCAGCCAGCACGACUCGAAUCUCGGGCCCUUUCAACAGUACCCUAAUCAACCGGCUAUUGUUCAUAAUUAUCAGAAUGGCCCACCUCCACCACCUAGGAUAGGACAGAUUGCCAAUUCGGGAGUUGUCACGCACUUGAAUCAUCCGUUCAGUCAAGGUGGAGGCGAUAGAUUCCCCGGGGGUUUUCCGAUCCACGGAAUCGGCGCCUACCCCGACAAGAUCAGCCAGUCCUCCUCGGACGAAAUAGUCAUCAAAGCCCUGGACCCGCUGGACGACAGAACUGUCCGUGUAGUCUUCACUGUCCCCCCAGUUCUCGUUGGACUCCACGGACGUGUUGAGCUGCGGUACACGAACGACAAGUCCAACCACGAUCCGUCGACCUGGAAAUCCCAGAUAUUCAUUCCUCCGCAUGAUCUCAUCGAGACACCGCAAAUGGAAUUCGAUCUCGACAGCCUUGAACCCGCCACUGAGUACCAAAUUCGAGUCACUGUCAAUCUCAAGGACAUCGCCAACAGCCCCACCAGCAGAAUUUAUAAUGUGAUGACACUGGAGAAACAUGAGGAACUGACUACUCUUCCUCCGCAGAUUCCCAUAGACGCAGAGCUUCAGGUCGUGGAGACCAACUCAAGUUGGGUGAAUGUCAUGUGGAAGAAGUUCACGGAGUACGAGAUGCAGUUCAUUGACGGCGUUCAAUUGAGGUAUAAAGAGCGUGAUGGGAAGGUCUACGCUGCAACGCCACUCAUUCAUCGCGCUGUCACUAGUUACAUAAUUGAGAAUCUCAAGCCAGCGACUGUUUAUGAAAUUGGAAUCUCGAUCAUUCCAUUUCCGGGGCAAACUACUGAACUCGUCAGUGAUAAAACGGUGGAGAUAAUAACAGCAGUGGAGCCCGACCCCUACUCCUUCGACGUCAAAGUGGAGAUCAAAACCGUGAAAUCCCAGGACGUCGAGAUCUCCUGGAGCGGCGUUCCCUAUCCAGAGGACAAAUACGUCAACAUCUAUCGAGCGAUCUAUCAGAGUGACUCUGGAAAGGAGGACACGAGCACCUUCAAAAUAGCUAAACGAGACUCGCUAGCUAAAACUCUGAUAAGCGACCUCAAGCCAGGCACCAGGUACCGCCUCUGGCUGGAAGUUUACCUCACCAAUGGGCGCAUUAAAAAGAGCAACGUCCAGGAUUUCGUGACGAAGCCAGGGGUCAUUCUUCAAGCUGGUGUCACUCACCAGGGAAAAUUGGCAUCUAUUCCCCUGCACGAGGGGGACUACUAUGGCCCCCUCGUCAUUGUCGCUAUCCUCGCAUCGCUGUCUAUUCUCUCCACUCUCAUACUACUCAUGAUGCUGAUGAAGAGGAGGUCCAGCAGCAAGGCUGAUAUAUCACCGAGGAAAACAACUUCAGCUUAUGAUAAUCCUUCCUAUAAGACUUGUGAGGACGCAGUCACAAUCACGAAUGGCCACAACAAAGCCACUGAGCACGAGAUGUCAACCAUCAAUUCAAAUGAUACGAAUACUAAAGAGAGCGUUUAAUCGAGGGAUUCCAUGAAAUUGUACUUAUCCAUGACGGUAUUACAAACAUUAUAUCGAUGGAGGUACGAAAUUAUCCGUCCAUGCGUCAGUCCAGUGUCGUAAUGCAUCACCUUCAUUUCUUGACCUUAGAACCAGUAAAACUGCCAUUUUUUCAGCGUGCUGAUGAUUCAUUUCGGCUAGACAUCGAUAAAUUAUGCGAUAAGGUUUUUUCUUAUUUUAUGUUGCCGAGUGUGGAUAGCAAUCGACGACAUUCAGGGGGAAUCGAGGUAAAAUGGGCAGUCCAGCCGUCAAUAUGAUCAUUUUUAUCCCAGCAACACCCCAAUAACGCGCAAAAAAAUUCAUAGAAAAACUUAGUGAAUUUGAUGAAAAAUUUUAUUGCAUUCGUGUUGGACUUCUAUUAAAAGUUUAAUUAGUUUUUGGUCCAUUCUAUUGAUGAACUUAGCAGAUUUACUGCGCGUUGUUUACAGAAAGUGUCUAAUAGAAACUAUUCUACAGAAAAAAUGAGUAGAAUUUCAUCUUUCUAUCCAACUUUUUCUAUUGGGACAUUCUGUAUAGAAAUUU